AUGGCUUCAUCCGAAAGUCAGAAGCAGAUUUCUGCGACUCUGAUGGUAGACGACAAGAAAAAUAAAGUACUGUAUGCUGAAGCAGGGAAGGACUUCGUUGGUGUUCUAUUAAGCAUCUUUACAUUGCCCUUGGGAACUGUUUCCAAACUUCUCAUGAGUAAGGACUCUUCUGUGGAGGCUCGCAAAUUUAACUGCAUAACCUCACUACGUCGAAGUGUAGAAUAUCAGGAUUCAAAGUAUUUUAAUUCAGAUAGUGAUAAGGAAAUUUUACUGAAACCGAAGAACCUAAUGGGAUAUCUUAAUAGGCAAACGGUAUCUGAUAGUGACGACACAACAGCGGUCUUAUACCACUUCGGUGGCUUUCUUCGUGAAACCGCAUGUUUCGUUGUUUCUAAUGAUCAGUUAGUGAUGUCUGGUUUACCAGAAACUACUCUUAAAGAAUAUGAAAAAAAUAAUGCUCUGCUCUCUAUCUUUAUUCAAUAA